GUCUGUGGGUUAUGGGAUCCGAGGGCAGCGGGGCUCUUGGGUCAGGGGUGUCCAUAGGAACCGGGUGCACCCAGCUCCCACUUCAGCCCCACACACACCCCACAGCCAUUGGGGUCCGGGGUUGGGGUUGAGGUUUUUUGGGGGGGGGUCUCACUCGUGUUGGGCGGCUUCUGCCUCUCGUGCGUCUCCAUGGUUAACACACAACAGAACCGAACCGCGUGUCCCGGAUACCAUCAAACACCGGGAGGUGCCGGGUCCCAAUGGAGCGGCUGAAGGGUUUGUUAUGGGGCGGGCGGCAGGAGGAGCUGAGCAGGGCUCAAAAGGCGGCUCGGAGCGUGACCGGGUUCGUCCUUGGGAUGGUUCUGGCCUCGUUCUAUGGGGUGUUGGUGCUGCUGGUCCAAAGCGCCAACGCGUGGUUCUGUCUGCUGAGCACCGCAGCGCUCGGGGCUGCGCUGGGGUUGGGGAUGGGAUUCUCCAUCAAGGUGAGGAUGACGGUGCUGCUCUCACUGCCCCAUGUGUUCACCAGUAAGGAAUGGGGUGGGAUGGCCCGCACCCUGCGCAACGUUUGGAUCUGGUUGAACAACAUUGGCGACAUCUGCAACGAGGAGAUGGGGACCCCCUACUUCCGCUGCCUGCGCGUCUUCGCCGACGCCAAGGACAACUGCGAGCGGGCUCUGUCCUUCCUCUUCUUCCUCUGCUACAUCAUCAUCUCCUUCAGACCACUCUGUGGCCUGGCCGCCCGGCUCAGCUAUGGGGUUAUAGGGCUGGAAAGGGGGGCUCUGCGUUACCGUUAUCGCUAUUUUCUGGACGAUUCCUUCGAUAACAUCUACAUCACGGAGCGCUUCGUGCGGAUGGACGCGCAAAGGGCUCUGCAGGGCCAACCCACUUUGCUGCCCCUCAGGGCCAUGGAGUCCAUCCACUACAUCCACCCCGGGAUGCCGUGGCUGUCCGAGCAGGAGAAGCGUCGUUAUGGGAUGGAGAUGACCACGUUCCUUCGCUACGUGCUGCUGGGGCUCAGCCUGGUGCUGGUCGACUACAGCCUGUUCUGGCUGCUGGACCUCAUCCGGCACCAAAUGCAGGGCGAGAUCGUGGCCAGGGCCCCAGCCGUGAUUGCAGUCCGUGUGGACGGCUCCGGUUACACCAGCGACAUUUACCGGGACGUUGUUUCUUCCUUCGAUGUCCUACAACGGGGCAACGUCUCGGUGCUGUCCCAGCGCUGCCUCCUGCGGCCGGUCGAGCCCGAUUACAGCACCUACACCAGUAUGGAGUGGGGUUGGGGAUAG